CAAACUGCACCAGCCACACAAGAGGAAUCGAGAGGCCGCCAACAAACGAGAAGCGCAAAAGCCAAGCAAGCGGCAGCUCCUCUGUUAACCUCGGCCAGAUCCAGCCACCUUUGGGAUACGGGGGGGAAAGAGCCAGGGAAAAGAGCUUUGGUUUGCAAGCCGCGCCGCUUUGGGUUUGAAAAGCGCCAAGACCCCCCCAACCUCCCCAAGCAAGAACAAAGAGGCGCCCGGGGCAGAAAACCGCCUCCCAGAGCCAAGACAAAAGGCGGCUCCGGUUGUCCCAGCCGCUCGCCUUCGCGCUGUCUGCCCAGUGCCGAGCGAUGGUCAACAUGGACGUGUGUGCCCUGGAUUGUGAGACGCUGCAGGGGUUGCUGAAGGACAGAGCCUUCCAAUGCCUGCUCCUGGACUGCCGCUCCUUCUUCUCCUUCAACUCCUCGCACGUCGGCGGCUCCCACAACGUCCGCUUGAGCACGAUCGUCCGGCGGAGGGCCAAGGGGGCCAUUGGGCUGGAGCACAUCGUGCCCAACGAGGAGGUGCGCGCCCGCCUGCACAAGGGGCUCUACCACGCCGUGGUGCUGCUGGACGAGCGCAGCGCCGACCUGGAGGCGCCCAAGAGAGACAGCACCCUCAUGCUGGCCCUCAACACCCUGCGCCGGGAAGCCCGCGACGCCCGCAUCUGCUUCCUCAAGGGAGGAUAUGAAGCCUUAUUCUCUGCUUGCCCAGAGUUGUGCACAAAACCCUCUGCUCCGAAGGGCCUGACUCUGCCUCUCAGCACCAACAUGCCUGGCAGCGCUGAUUCAAACUGCAGUUCCUGCGGGACUCCUCUGUAUGAUCAGGGUGGUCCAGUGGAAAUCCUGCCUUUCCUAUACUUGGGCAGUGCCUACCAUGCUUCAAGGAAAGACAUGCUGGAUGCUUUGGGGAUCACAGCCUUGAUCAACGUCUCUGCCAACUGCCCAAACCAUUUUGAGGGGCACUACCAGUACAAAAGCAUCCCUGUAGAGGAUAACCACAAAGCUGACAUCAGUUGCUGGUUUAAUGAAGCUAUUGACUUCAUAGACUCUGUUAAAAAUGAUGGUGGGCGAGUGUUUGUGCACUGUCAAGCGGGCAUCUCCCGCUCAGCAACCAUCUGCCUUGCUUACCUUAUGAGGACCAACCGAGUCAAACUGGAUGAAGCCUUUGAGUUUGUGAAGCAGAGAAGGAGCAUCAUCUCCCCCAACUUCAGCUUCAUGGGACAGUUGCUGCAGUUUGAGUCCCAAGUCCUUGCUCCAAAUUGCUCAGCAGAGGCUGGAAGCCCUGCCAUGUCUGCAUUGGACAGGGGGGCACCCACAACAACUGUCUUUAACUUUCCAGUCUCCAUCCCUGUACACCCUUCUGCCAGUGCACUAAGCUACCUUCAGAGCCCUAUCACCACUUCUCCGAGCUGCUGAAAAGGCAGGAACAAACUGACUCUCAACACAAAGACUUGAUACUCUUGCUGUUAUCUCAGAAGUGCAAUAACCUUGGGAACAGUUACAUUCACUCGCAUGGGUUCUUUUUCCUUGCGGCUGCAAAGCAAUAUAGAGUCAUCAGCACAGCAUAUCUGACUCCAGAAAACAAGGUCUUUUCUGCUAGAUUUUGCUGAGAUGUAUGUGUGACCAACAUUUGGAUGCCUACAAAGGAGACAAAGCACAGUGGACAUUGCUUUCUACUCCUGAACAUGUACUCUUAACAUUUUCUGUCUCUCUCCGUCCGUCAGUCUGUGCUUUGUUGGCAAACCCUACAGUAUUCUUGUUCCUGGGUGUGCUAGGCUACAGUGACAUUGUCCCCUUGUAUGAGGAAGUCCUGGUAUUUAUUUAUUUUAUGGUAUAAUUGCAUUGUGUGCGUGCGCGUGUGUGCGUGCGUGCAUGUUUUGCCUUUAUAAGUCUCAAGUUUCAUUUUUUAAAAAAGAAAUACCAAAUACCUCAGUAUUUUUGGGUACUGUAAUCCUGUAAAUAUACCUUAAAACUGUUUCCUAAGCACUGACAUUGAAAGCACAAAGGAGUGUUUGUGGUUUUGGUUGCUAAGGGUUGUAUGUUUGCUGAUUUAUUUAUGAUAUGAAAUAAUAUAUUUCUUCUUAUGAUGGAAGAUCUGGUUUUUGUUAUAAUUAUGCCUUUUUAUACAAAUUGAAUAAAUUAUGACAUUUCUA